UUGGAUCACAUGACCGCGCGUUGCCAAGGAGACGAAUGCAACAGCAUGGAGGAGGUGCGCGCUGGUUACAGUGAGGGCGACCUGGAGUGGUUGAGUAGUGAAUUGGAGCAGGAGAAGGAGAUGAGAGAUAUGCUUGAUCAAUCUGCUUCUGAGCUACGAAACAUAGUAUCUCAACUGGAAAAGCGAGUAGACAACAUUGAAGAUGAAGGAAAUGAAUGGAAAACCAGGUAUGAAACCCAACAGGAGCUUAAUCUACAACUAGAGAGGCAAAUCAGAACUUUAGAACAGAAAGUGGAGUUUACUCGUGGUAAUCCUGCAAACAGAUUGUCUUCUGUCCGUUCAUUUGAAGAGAUGUCAGAGGGUGCACUUCAACAAAUGAUAAAGCAAAUGGACAAAGAAAAGAAAAGUCUUCUAAACCAGCUUAAAAAUUAUGAGUGGAGAAUAGAACAAGAAGCAAAGGCUUACCAUAAAGUCAAUGAUGAUCGUCGCACUUAUCUGACAGAAAUUGCACAUACAUCCUUAUCAAUUGCAGCAGCAAAGAAACAGAAGGCAAUGGGGUCAAGGGAAACGAAGGUUUUGACAGGAAAGUGCAAUGUACCAACUACAAAAAGGAUUUUAGAUCUCAAGAAAGGACCAAUUAAAAAGACUGCAGCAAUGAAGCAGCUUCCAAAAUUAAAACAUUGACGCUAGAAUACUGUUAUGGAACAGACAUGGUGUUUUGUGUGUCAGAGAAAGCUGUAUUUACAGUACUUGCAGCUCAUUUAGAGCAGUUGUUUAAUUGUUGCUGGGCCUAGAUAAGUUAUAUUUAGAUUUUGUUACCCUGGUGGUAAUUAUUUGUAGAUGAGAAAUAGGCAAUGUAUUUUUAUAACAAUUG